AUGACUACUACUACUAAUACAAUAACCACCACUACCACCACUACAUUUCAUAGUAUAUUCAUAUCUAAAUAUAUUAGACAUUUGAUAUUCAAUUAUAUCGGUGAUAUAUCAAAUCGAUUGUAUAAAGGUACAACUACUUAUGAUACCGGUAGACAACAACGAUCAUUAGUUGGAAGAGAUAUAAUCAAUCUACCUAAUCUAGAAAUGAUAUCACACUUUGCAAUGCCUUGGCAGUUUGUUUGUCAUUAUCUACCAACUGCAUAUAAUGACAUUAGUGAAAUACCAUUGAAUAAAAGAAAAGGAGUAAUCUCUCAAUACUGUUUUCAUCCAAAUGCAACAUUUGAUACACUCUUACAUCUAUUAGAUUGGUCACCUGGUAUAGACUUUGAUUGGAGAUACUUGGAAAUGGCCUUUGACAGUAGGGAUAUUAAAAAUCAAGAGAUAUUAGAGUAUAUAAUCAAUAGAUGUCCUAUAGAUAAUCGAUACAUUCUCAAUGAUUUAAGUAUAAGAGCAUUCGAGAAUGGUAAUCUCCCAAUUAUCAAAUUGAUACAUUCUACCAAAGGUGUAAAACUAGAUGGUGAACCAAUGGAAACAGCUAGUCGUGAAGGAUUCAUUGAUAUUGUAAAAUAUUUACACGAAAAUAUAGUUAAAGAAUGUACUACCGAUGCAAUGGAUUUGGCAGCAUCUAAUGGCCACUUGAAAGUUGUAAAGUUUCUACAUUUUAAUAGAAGUGAGGGUUGUACAAAAGAUGCUCUAAGUAUGUCUGCAAAGUAUGGUUAUAUAGAUAUUGUUCAAUUCUUGGUUGAACAUCGUAAAGAAGGAAACAUUAAAGAGGCUAUGGAAUAUGCCUUUAAUAGAGGUCACAAAGAUAUCUAUAAGUUUCUUCAAUCAGUAUCAGAGUAA